AUGAGCCUGCGCUACCCUACCUCCCUCCUCUCUGCUCGGUUCUUUGCUACCCCUUCGGAUCCGCAGCCUGAUGAACAACGAAAGAAGGAAUUCCAUGAGUCCAUUGAACGCGGAUUGCGUGAGGCCAAAGAAGGAAAACCUACGAAAGACGACGUGCCUGACGAACUAAAACAGUUUUUCAACAAAGACAAACGCUCCUCUGCUUCGGCGACGCCAGACUCCAAGGAGUCGUCAGCGCCUAACGAAGAAAAGAAGGAGGAUGACGGUACGAAGAAGGAAAAGUUUGGAUUCACGGGCAACCAGAAUCAGCCUAACAAUGAUCCACGCAACAACCUCAACCUGAUUAUUGCGACAAUUAUUACCACGUACGCACUCUAUCGCUUUACCUCUCCGGAGGCAUCGACCAGGGAAAUCACAUGGCAGGAAUUCCGUUCGGCUUUCUUGGACAAGGGUCUAGUGGAACGUCUUGUCGUGGUAAACCGCUCCAAGGUCAAUGUAUACCUGCACAACAACUCCACAGGAUCUACCUAUCCGCAGCAGCCGGGCGCCAUGCUAGGCUCGCCACAGUACUGGUUCAGCGUGGGUAGCGUGGAAGCCUUUGAGCGCCACUUGGAGGAUGCCCAGAAUGAACUGAAUAUUCCAUCGGCUGAACGCAUUCCUGUCGCGUAUCACGAAUCUAUUAGCCUGGCUUCAACACUUCUUCACUUUGCUCCAACUCUGAUUCUCGCUGGUCUUCUCUUUUACCUCACUCGUCGCGCUACCGGUGCUGGUGGUGCAGGCGGUGGCGGUCCCGGUGGUAUCUUCGGUAUCGGCAAGAGCCGUGCAAAGCUCUUUAACCAGGAAACCGAUGUCAAGGUAAAGUUUGCCGAUGUGGCCGGUAUGGACGAGGCUAAGCAAGAGAUUAUGGAGUUUGUUAGUUUCUUGAAGAACCCAGAGCGUUAUGAGCGUCUUGGAGCAAAGAUCCCUCGUGGCGCGAUUCUUAGUGGUCCACCAGGUACCGGUAAGACGCUGGUUGCCAAGGCUACAGCGGGUGAAGCGGGCGUGCCUUUCCUGAGUGUAUCUGGUUCCGAAUUUGUGGAAAUGUUCGUCGGUGUGGGUCCUUCGCGUGUGCGUGACAUGUUUGCAAAGGCCAAGAAGAUGGCGCCUUGCAUUAUCUUUGUGGAUGAAAUUGAUGCUAUCGGUAAAAAGCGUGGCAAGGGCGGAAACUUUGGUGGCAACGAUGAGCGUGAGAGUACACUCAACGAGUUGCUUGUUCAGAUGGAUGGUUUCGGAACGAACGAGCAUGUCGUAGUGCUUGCAGGCACCAACCGUCCAGACGUGCUUGACCCUGCGUUGAUGCGUCCUGGCCGUUUCGACCGUCACAUUGCUAUUGACCGCCCGGACAUUAGUGGUCGUCGUUCCAUUUUCGAGGUGCAUCUCAAGCCUUUGAAGGUAAGGGAGGAUGUCAAUGUGGAACUACUUGCCGAGAAGCUUAGUACGCUGACUCCUGGCUUUAGUGGUGCUGAUAUCCACAACGUCUGCAACGAAGCUGCUUUGAUUGCGGCGCGAGAGAGUGCGGAUGCUAUUGAAGAGCACCACUUUGAGCUUGCGAUUGAGCGUGUAAUUGCGGGACUGGAGCGCAAAUCGCGUGUCCUGAGCCCUGAAGAAAAGACGACGGUUGCCUACCAUGAAGCUGGCCAUGCCGUUUGUGGUUGGUUCCUCGAACAUGCUGAUCCUUUGCUGAAGGUUUCCAUUAUCCCUCGUGGUGUUGGAGCUUUGGGAUAUGCGCAGUACUUGCCUAAGGAGCGCUACCUAUUCAGCACGGAGCAGCUGCUAGACCGUAUGUGCAUGACGCUGGGUGGUCGUGUGUCUGAAGAAAUCUUCUUCGGCAGCAUCACUACCGGUGCACAGGAUGACUUGUCAAAGAUUACGCGCAUGGCGUUCGAGAUCUGUGCAUCAUAUGGUAUGAAUGACAAACUUGGUCCUGUGUCUUAUCGCACGGACCAAGAGUCAAUGCACAAGCCCUAUUCGGAGCGCACUGGUGAGCUUUUGGACGAGCAAGUUCGGGCUCUCGUGAUGGAAGCCCACAAGCGCACCACAGAGCUUCUUACGAAGCACAAGGAUGAUGUCGAAAAGGUGGCUAAGCUCUUGCUGGAGCGUGAAGUGAUUACGCGUGAGGACAUGACCAAUCUUCUGGGCAAGCGUCCAUUCAAGCAUGCGGAUGAGGCUGAUGAAUACCUUGACAAGAAGGGCCGCUUGGCCCGCAAGGGCGAAUCCAGUGCUCCGCCGCCACCGGAGGAAAUCAGCCCUGAGCCCAAGCUGGCAUCCUCUCCUCCUGAGCCGCGUCCGUAA